AUUGGUUAUGCAUAUUCUAAUCUUGUAUGCUUACUUCUAAACUUGUACUGUGCAGGAGUAUUUAAUUGUAUACGUCCUUCUCCCUGCCUAAUAAGCUUGCAUAUCAUUUGACCCCUUUUUCCAAACUCCCAACAAACUCUUUCAAAAUCCUUUCUUUCUGUCAUUAUACUUCCUAAUUCCUAUUUAUGCUCACACUUCUCUCACAAACCCACAUUCAUCAUCUUUCUCCACCACAAAAAUAACCUUCCAUUGUUAUAACUUACUCCAUAACAUCUACAAAACUCAUAAUUCACGCGCUUUUACCCUCAUUUAUUGCUGCAUAGCUGUUGCCCAGUUGUUUUUCUGGCUUCAUUGUGUCUCUUCUUUGUCAGUCUGUUCAUAUAUUCUCUUGUUUCAAAUCAUUAUUUUUUCAAAUUUUGUCAAUACUCGGUUGCAUUAAUCUCUUCCAAAACAGUUCCACUGUAAUGGGUUCUCGUUAAAUUUUCCGUUCAUUUCUCAUUUCAGUGCCUAUCUUUCCUUAACUUGUACUUCUAGACCCUUUUACUUAAUUUUCUCUAAUGGGUUUUCGUUAGUUUAUGGUUAACAGUUGUCUUUCUGUGUUUUUGGUGAUGCCUAUUUGCCUUAUCUCGUGGUAAACCAGCUAUAUUGUUGUUUUCAGCCAUGGGUCUUCGCUAAAUUCCUAUCUUUAAGCUGUGUUCUUGUCUUUUGACAAAUGCCCAUUUGCACAACAUUCUGCUAAAGUAUUAAUCUUCAUGUUUGUGAUAAUGAGUUGUCGUUAAUUUUCUUGUAUUUUUGGUCAAAAUCCCAGUACCCUAGAGUAUUGUAGUGGUGCUCUACUGUUCUUGACUUGAGUUGUUGAAAUUGUGAAGUUAGACCAUGUAAUUGACCUCAGAUUAUUUUAUUGGUUUGUAGUAGUAUCAAUUCAGUCAUAAUUUUUAUAUGGAUCUGAAUUCUGGUACAGAUAGGAACUAGUUGGGACAUUAGUUGAUGAAAUUUGCUGAUCUACCUUUAAUUUGACUAGUUGAUCUUCUUUGUAUAACAUAGUUAUGGAGCUCAAGUAAGCAAUAGGAACUUGUUAGCUCUUAUAUCAUUUUAAAUUCAUUCAUUUAUUUAUAGCUCUAUAUAAACUAAUUAAAGGUGGGUCAGCAUAAGUUCAGGUUCAAUAAGAUGUAAGCUCUCCAGUGUAUUACUAUCCAAUGAGCAAGAUGAACCAAAAAUUUUGUUUCAUGAAUAAUGAUCAAACACUAGUAGCUUUCUACCCUUAAUGGAAACUUGAUUAUAGUAUUUGCCUCUCGAGUCACUUUGAAUUUGAGUGAUUUUAGUUCUUGUGUGGCCUCUUAUUAGUUAGGUUAUCAACUUAUCAUAGUGUAUCCUUUGACGGAGAGGGACUCCUUGAAGGGUUAUGGAGGAAACUUUUGUUCCCUUUCGUGGAAUUAAGAAUGAUCUUAAGGCUAGACUUCUUUGCUACAAGCAAGAUUGGACUGGAGGCCUUGGAGCUGGAAUAAGGAUUUUAGCUCCAACAACUUAUGUCUUCUUUGCUUCUUCAAUUCCAGUCAUAUCUUUUGGGGAACAACUUGAAAGAAAUACUGAUGGCUCUUUGACUGCAGUUCAUACCCUUGCUUCAACUGCUAUUUGUGGUAUUAUCCAUUCAAUCUUUGGCGGACAGCCAUUGCUUAUUCUAGGAGUAGCUGAACCGACAGUUCUUAUGUAUACAUUUAUGUAUAACUUUGCCAAGGAGAGGAAGGAAUUGGGGCAUAAGCUUUUCUUGGCGUGGGCCGCCUGGGUUUCUGUAUGGACCGCCCUUCUGCUUUUUUUGUUAGCCGUUUUGGGAGCAUGCUCCAUUAUCAAUAGAUUCACACGCUUAGCUGGUGAGCUAUUUGGUCUGCUUAUUGCAAUGCUGUUCAUGCAGCAGGCUAUUCGGGGUGCUGUGGAGGAGUUUGUUAUACCAGAUCGAGAAAAUCCAAAUCAAACUGCAUUUCUUCCUUCUUGGCGUUUUGGAAAUGGAAUGUUUGCAUUGGUUCUUUCCUUUGGCCUUCUGCUAACAGCAUUGAGGAGUCGUAAAGCUCGAUCAUGGCGAUAUGGUGCAGGUUGGCUACGAGGAUUUAUUGCGGAUUAUGGUGUCCCACUUAUGGUGCUGGUAUGGACUGUUAUAUCUUAUAUACCAGUUCAUGAUGUUCCAAAAGGAAUUCCUAGGCGCCUUUUCAGUCCGAGUCCAUGGUCUUCUGGUUCUCACUCAAACUGGACAGUCAUCAAGGACAUGUUGAAUGUACCUGCAUUGUACAUUGUUGGAGCAUUCAUCCCAGCCACCAUGAUUGCUGUCCUCUAUUAUUUUGAUCAUAGUGUUGCUUCUCAAUUGGCCCAGCAAAAGGAGUUCAAUCUCAAAAAACCGUCCUCAUAUCACUAUGAUCUCCUUCUACUCGGCUUUCUGGUUAUAUUUUGUGGCCUCAUUGGUAUUCCCCCCUCAAAUGGAGUAAUUCCUCAAUCUCCAAUGCAUACAAGAAGCUUGGCUACUCUCAAACAUCAGCUUCUGAGGAACAAGCUUGUAGCGGCUGCAAGAAAUAGCAUUCAGAAAAAUUCAAACUUGUGUCAGUUAUACAGAACCAUGCAAAAUGCUUACAAUGAAAUGCAGACACCCCUUGUGUAUCAAAUGCCAUCUUCUCUGGGAUUGAAGGAGCUGAAAGAAUCGACAAUUCAGAAGUUCACUACGACUGGUGACAUUGAUGCAGCAGUUGAUGAAACUAUUUUUGAUGUAGAUAAGGAUGUAGAUGACCUUUUACCCAUCGAAGUCAAAGAACAACGCCUUAGCAAUUUGCUUCAAGCUAUAAUGGUAGGUGGCUGUGUUGCUGCUAUGCCUGUCUUGAAGAAAAUUCCGACAGCUGUUCUUUGGGGAUACUUUGCCUUCAUGGCCAUCGAAAGCUUACCAGGAAAUCAGUUCUGGGAGAGGAUUCUUCUACUUUUCACUGCUCCUGGUCGACGAUACAAGUUGCUCAAGGAGCAGCAUGCAACCUUCAUCGAGACAGUUCCAUUCAAAACAAUUGCACUCUUCACAAUUUUUCAGACUGUAUACUUAUUGCUGUGUUUUGGCAUAACAUGGAUCCCAAUAGCAGGCGUUCUUUUUCCCUUGUUUAUUAUGCUUCUUGUGCCAGUUAGACAGUAUGUUUUGCCCAAAAUUUUCAAGGCAGCCCAUCUUCAGGAUUUGGAUGCAGCUGAAUAUGAAGAGGCUCCUGCUGUUUCCUACAAAAUGUCAUUUGAAGGUCAAGAUCCUGAGGUGUCUGCAAGUAUAAUAGAAAAAGGAGAAUUCCUUGACGGAAUCAUGACAAGGAGUAGAGGUGAAAUCCGUCACAUUCAAAGUCCAAAGAUAAGCAGCACAAACCCAGUUUCCCACGAGAAUAUGAGGCAUGCUUCUAGCCCAGGGUUGUCUCAUAGAGUAUACAAUCCUCAGAUUUCCGAAUCAAGGAAGGGGAAAAGUCCUGGAAUGAGUCUUGAAGGGGUUGAGAUAACAGAGAUCCCUAGUCCCCGGCCUUCACAACUCGGAAGAAAUUUUGAUGCAUCUUCUUCGAGCUAAGACGCGUAUUACCCUCUUUAGUAUAGCUGUUUGUUGAGGUGCUCGAGAGGCUUAUUAAUAUAUAUUUUGUGGUUAAUGGUUUUAUUUCUAACCUGUCAUAUUUUAUGUAGAUUGUUGUAAAAAAAAUGGAUACAUAAACUCAUGAUAUUGAAGAAGAAUUUAUUGAAUACUCUAUUAAAUGUUUCUGAA